UCCCAUUUUAUUUUGUUUACCAUCAUCUCUGUAAGUCUCUCCUAUUAUCUCCCAUUCUCUCCCUAUUAAAAUUAUCUCCCAUUCUUUCAAACAAAAACAAACGCUGCUUCGGCACGCUUUCUAACAAAAGCUGCUUCCGCACGCUGUCUAACAAAAGCUGUUUGGGCAAACUUUGAUAGGCAGGGUUGAACGUGGAGAACUCCGCCAUCUAAUUUCUUCUCCUUCCUCCAGCCCAGCCCAAACAAAGAAAAGCAAUCAGAUGAGAUGAGAUGUAAAAAUAUUACAGCAAAAGGUGAGCAAUCAACAGCACGGCAAGCCAUCACGAUCGAUGGAUAGUCAGAGAGAGCAAAGGAACCAGCAGUAGAUAAAGCAGAAAGUCAAGACAGAAGCCAGUGGAGGCAAAUACAAUAGGACAAUAGCAACAGGAAUCUGGAAACCCACCGGAUCUACGAGCUUCAAAAUCUUCACUUCCCAGAUCGGCCGUUGACACACCACCUCUAUGCCCAAAACCGUCAAAUAUCACCGAUCUAGGCACUUAGAUGGGCGAGAAGUGAGAUCUCCGUACACAAAGAAUCACUGUUUGGGCAAAAACAUAAACAAAAGCUGCUUCGGCACAGAGGUGGUGUUGCAAAGGGAAGAGAGAGGAGCAAAGAAGAAAAGAUAACUUGAGAAAUAAAAGGGGUUUGACGUGUCCUUCUUCCUACAUUUAUGUGCCAUGCGAAAUUGAUGUGGCUCAUUUUUUCUGGUGGGUUGCAAUCCGGCGGGUUCUGUGGUUUUUUAUUUUAUUUUAUUUUUUUUUGGCGUGGGUGACGGCGUGGGUCAGUGUGGUGGUUGUGGUUUUUGGCGGGGGUCAGUGUGGUGGUUGGGGUUUUUGGCGUGGGUCACCGUGGUGGUUGUGGUUUUUGGCGUGGGUGACCGGUGCUUAAAGGAAGAGGUGGGUAUGGCUGAAGUGGGUUGUGGGUCGUGGUUGGGUUGUGGCUGAAGUGGGUUGUUGGACGUCGGAGAUCGCCAGUGUUUGGGUCCAGCGAGGUCAUGGCGAGAUCGGCGUGGGUCACGGUGAUGGGUUUGGUGGAGAUCGGCGUGGGUCAUUCUCUCCCAUUUUUCUUAUGUCCCUAUCCCAUUCUCUCUCAUUUUAAUAGGGACAUAAGAACUACUUUCUCUUAUUUCUCCGGGGAAAAAAAAAAAAAAAAAAAAAAAAACAAAGAAAAGCUGCUUCGGCACACUGUCUAACAAAAGCUGUUUCUGGGCAAAGUUUGAUAGACAGGGUUGAACGUGGAGAACUCCGCCAUCUAAUUUCUUCUUCCUCCAGCCCAGCCCAAAAAAAGAAAAGCAAUCAGAUGAGAUGUGAAAAUAUUACAGCAAAAGGUGAGCAAUCAACAGCACGGCAAGCCAUCACGAUCGAUGGAUAGUCAGAGAGAGCAAAGGAACCAGCAGUAGAUAAAGCAGAAAGCCAAGACAGAAGCCAGUGGAGGCAAAUACACUAGGACAGUAGCAACAGGAAUCUGGAAAUCCACCGGAUCUACGAGCUUCAAAACCUUCACUUCCGAGAUCGGCCGUUGACACACCACCUCCAUGCCCAAAACCGUCACAUAUCACCGAUCUAGGCACUUAGAUGGGCGAGAAGUGAGAUCUCCGUGCACAAAGAACCACUGCUGGAGAUGGUGGUGAUCGAUGAGCGAGGAGCUCGAGGCCAAUUCUGCUAUGGCGGCUGGGUGGAGAGAUCUCAGAUUAGAGCGUUCGAAACUAUGCGGGUCAGGUUAAACCGAUACAGCCUGUUUGCUGCCCUACCCGGUUCUAUAGGGCCUGAGUUCGGCCAGCUCCAUGAUGAAAUCGGUCUGUGAUUUGCCUUUACUUGAUGUCUCUAACUCAAACUCAAACUCAAACUCACCAACUCGACUCAGAUCUGGUAACUACUGCUCUGUAUGUUUUCUUUCUUUGGUUUGUGAUUUUUGUAGCUAAAAUUUACAAUUGAGCUUGAAUUAUGCACUACAGUGUUUUCUCUUUUGGUCUGUGUUUGUUUGGUACACAAUUGAACUUAUAUUUAUUACGUGCAAAUGGUUUAAUUUAGGAAAUUUUAAAUUGUGAUAUAGAUGCUGCUUAAUUGUUGCUUAUUGGUUCAAAUCAUAAUUUUAAGAGUAAACAGAAUGGCAAAAUACAAAUCGUAUUAGCGUGUAGAAACGAGAAUGUUCUAGAAAGCCCGUGUUCAAUUGAUUUUGGCUCUGAAAUGUAUGACAGUCUGUUGGGUUUGGAGGAAAUAAGGAAAGAAUGUGUUUUGGACAUUGAGAAUGGUUCAAACGGUCUGUUUUGGCACACAAUGGAACUUAUAUUGAGGAUUAUGAUUCUUGUAGCCAUACACAACCUGUAAGAGUUUCAAACGGUGUGGUCUAUGAAAGAUAAUCAUCAUCACUCUAUCUCCAAUCCAUGUGGAAAGAGACAUGUUGUUUGAGGUCUUUUUAACAGCUUUAAAUAGCGCUUCAUCUUUUUUUGUUAGCAAUUUGCCGUCAAUUAUAAUUCUCAUCCUAGGUGAUAGAGCAUUUGUAUAUAUUACUCAACCUCAUCCGGAAAUAUUAUUUCUGGUUGAUCAUUAUUCUCAUGUCAUUUCAAAUGAUUUGCUAGAAUUCAAUCAAGCUACAGCUCCUAGUUGGAAUGAACUCCCAGCAAAUGUGAUCUGUGAAACUGCAAAUCUACUACCUAAUCAUAUGGAUUUUAAAUCUUUGCUAGCUGUUUGCAAACAAUGGAAUUCUGUCAGUCCAGAAAUUACGAGGCCUCCAUUCCCAUUGCUUAUGCUUUCCAAGACAUUAAACACCAAUUGGCGAAGUUUCUUUAAUCUCUGCGACAGCAAACGCUAUAGAUUAGAACUAUCUACAUUUGGAGGAAAACGUUGUUGGGGAUCUCCAUAUGGUUGGGUUGUAUUACUGGAUCCUAAUUCUAAUGCUCACCUUGAACACCUUGAAAAGGGAAAACAGAUCAUUCUUCCAUCACUAAACACAAUUCCAACACUGGCUGCUACAGAAGAGUGGUUUCGCCUUAUACACAAAUUCAUUAUUUUUAAGCAACCUUCCCACGAGUCAUCUUUCCUUGUCAUGGCAAUUUUCGGCCCUGAGAAUAGCUUGGCUUUUGUGAGAGUGGGAGAAGGAGCAGCUUUGAAUAGAAGAGGACAAGAUGAGUGGGUUCUUGUUGCCAAUCCAUAUGAAUUCAAAUUCAAGGAUGUUACAUGUUUUAAUGAUCAAAUAUAUGGACUCUGUGACAAUGGCACGCUCGUGUGCGUUGAACUAGAUGCUGAGGUACAAGUUGUUUCGCCUCAUCCAGAAGAUGUAUGGGAACCCCAGAAACUAUAUUUGGUGGAGUUAUCUGGAAAUCUUUUUGGGGUUUUUCGUUAUGGAUAUUAUUAUCCUUUGAAGAGGAGGUACGAGACUGUGUCUUUUUUGGUCUACAAGUUCAACUUCGAUGCAUCAUCUUGGGUAGAAGUGACAGACUUGGAAGAUCAUGCUGUCUUUGUUGGUGAUGGCAACUCCUGGUGCUGUCCUACAAUCACCAUAUCUAGCAGUAGUAAUAGCAUCUACUUCACAGACGACAACUGGGAUUGGCAAAUGUACCCAGGAGGUGAAUAUGGAGGAUGUGAUGUCGGAGUGUUUGACAUGGAAACUGCAGUAAUUCAACCCCUUCCAUUCGGUGUGGACAACCCUUCUUCCUAUUCUCGACCAAUUUGGGUUACAACUACUAUGUGAUUGCAUUAGCUUAUUUUCCAUUUUAUUAGCUUGUCUGUUUAUGUACUUUGAUUUCUCUAAUAUUGUUUGGCUUAAUUGAAGAUGUUAUGACUUCUUUGGCGGCCAAAUACAAUUUGACAUUUUGGUUGUAAGCAGGACAAAAUAUUAAACCAAUUUCUAGAAUAUGUAAGUUCUGUUGCUGUCAA